CUGUUCUGCGCCCUCUUCUCUGUUCCGUGUCGAUUGGAUCCACGAGCGUGUAUUUUCAUUUGCUCUGUGCCUUGCCAGAAGGAGAAAAAGGAGAAGAAAUCUAAACGUCGGGACAAGUUUCAGAGGGGAAAGACUCAGUCAGAUGAAAGCGAGGAAUCGGAUGAAGAGCGUUAUGCCCCGAAACCCAAGAAAUCAAAGAGCGUCAGUAAACAGAACGGUCACACGAAAGAGGAAAGCCUGGAGAAAUCGAGAUUGUCCUCCUUUAGCAGCAAAUCCUCCCGCAGAAGCCGACAGAGUAGUUCCAGUGAAACGUCAAGUGAGAGCGAAAGCGAGAGCGAGCAGGAUCAGGAGUUGACUGGAGAACAGAAAGAGGGUGCUUUCUCCAAUUUUUCCAUUUCCAAAGAAACUGUCCAGCUUCUUCAAGCUCGAGGAGUGACAUACCUGUUCCCUGUGCAAGUGAAGACCUUCAACCCAGUGUAUUCUGGCAAAGAUGUCAUUGCUCAAGCACGAACUGGAACAGGGAAAACAUUCUCUUUUGCUAUUCCCUUAAUUGAAAAGCUUCAGGGAGAGUCACAGGAAAGAAGAAGAGGCCGUCCACCAAAGGUUCUAGUUCUUUGUCCAACGAGAGAGCUGGCAAAUCAGGUUGCCAAAGAUUUCAAGGACAUCACAAGGAAGCUGACAGUAGCUUGUUUUUAUGGAGGAACUCCCUAUAAUGGACAAAUUGACCUCAUGAGAAGUGGCAUUGACAUUUUGGUUGGGACCCCUGGUCGAAUCAAAGACCACCUGCAGAAUGGCAAGCUGGACCUCACCAAGGUGAAACAUGUUGUACUUGAUGAAGUGGACCAGAUGCUGGACAUGGGAUUUGCUGAGCAAGUGGAAGACAUUUUACGAGUUGCAUACAAGAAGGAUUCUGAAGACAAUCCUCAGACACUGCUGUUUUCUGCAACUUGCCCACACUGGGUGUAUGAUGUGGCUAAGAAAUACAUGAAGUCUAGAUAUGAACAGAUUGACCUUAUUGGGAAAAGAACUCAGAAGGCUGCUACAACAGUAGAACAUUUGGCAAUAGAGUGUCACUGGUCUCAGAGAGCUGCAGUUAUUGGAGAUGUCAUUCAGGUCUACAGUGGCAGCCACGGGAGGACCAUUGUCUUCUGUGAGACCAAAAAGGAGGCAAAUGAGCUGGCUCUGAAUGCUUCAAUCAAACAGGAUUGCCAGUCAUUGCAUGGUGACAUUCCUCAGAAGCAGAGGGAGAUCACACUGAAGGGUUUUAGAAAUGGUUCAUUUAAAGUUCUGGUUGCAACCAAUGUAGCUGCCCGUGGUCUAGAUAUCCCAGAAGUUGACCUGGUUGUACAAAGCUCACCACCAAAGGAUGUGGAGUCCUACAUCCAUCGUUCUGGGCGCACAGGUCGAGCUGGGCGGACUGGGAUCUGCAUCUGUUUUUAUCAGCGAAAGGAAGAAUAUCAGUUAAGACACGUGGAACAAAAAGCGGGCAUUACAUUCAAGCGUGUUGGUGUUCCUACCGCAACAGACAUAAUAAAGGCUUCCAGCAAAGAUGCCAUGAGGUGCCUGGAUUCUGUUCCUCAGACUGCUAUUGAGUAUUUCAGAGAAUCUGCUCAGUUGCUAAUAAAAGAAAAGGGACCAGUUAAUGCUCUGGCUGCAGCCCUGGCCCAUAUUUCGGGUGCUACUUCCAUUGAACAGCGCUCACUGCUGAACUCAGAUGCGGGAUUUGUUACAAUGAUUCUACGCUGCUCUGAGGAAAUAAGCAACAUGAGCUAUGCCUGGCGAAGACUGCGAGAGGUGUUGGGUGAUGAUGUUGAUCGGAAGGUGAACAGAAUGUGUUUCCUCAAGGGGAAAAUGGGUGUGUGCUUUGACGUUCCUGUGGCAGACCAAAAAGAAAUUGAGGCAAGGUGGGAAGAUUCCAAACAUUGGCGUUUGUGUGUGGCAACUGAAUUACCAGAGCUGGUAGAAUCCAUACGAGGAGGAGGAGGAGGAGGAGGGAGUGGUGGAGGAAAUGGACGAAGCUUCUCAAGCUCCAGGAAUGGUCGGCGUGGUGGCUCUGGUAGAAACAGAUUCAGGGCCAGAGGCCAGAAACGAAGUUUCAGCAGAGCGUUUGAACAUUAACUUCAACAAUCCAGAAGUGAGAAAAAAAUGGGACUGAAGUAUUUUAUAUUACAUUACACUAGGCUGUUCCUGUGUGUUUGUACCAUUGGGGAAAAUACUUCAUAAAGGUUUUUUUUUUGUCAGUACUACUUUGCUCAUAAGCGAUGUUAAUUUUAAAAAACGUGCAAAGCAAAAAAACCCAAAAAAUCUGCAAGAAAAAAUGUUUCUUUUGUUUCUCAUAUUGCUCUUUGAAUCUUUCCAUAAUAUGUCUGUUGCGUUCAAAACUGUAGCCUGGUUCACUGUAUAAUAUAUAGAUCUGAAUUGCUGCUCAAACCUGUAAAUUUUCUGAUAAAACUAAAUAUUGUUUUACAACUUCA